AGAAAAAUAUAGUGUUUUACAAAUUUACAACAAAUAAAUUUAUAGCAUAUAAAUAUAUAGAUUAAAUUUUACAUCGAAAAACAUAAAGCAAUAAUCUAUUCCAAUCACAUCCAAAAAAAAAAAAAUUAGCUUGCUUGCCACCGAGCACAAAUAGAUUUGAUCUGUAUCAUAAGAAAGACGCAGAAGGAAAGUUGCUUGAGAGGCAACUCUCUAGGUUCCUACCUAAAUUCAUUUACUUGCAAUGAAAGUACCCUAACACAAAUGAGUCCAAAAUAACCAUAUUAUGGCCGGUGAUUUUUUUUUUGUUUUGAACACAUAUUAUGGCCGGUGAUUAUAUUUCAUAAAUAGCCGUUUGUUCCAUACUUACAAACUUCUUUUAUCUUCUUGAUGUAAAACCUAAUAUCUGAUGAGUUAUAGACUGUUGUAGAAACGGUUUGACUUUAGACAAAGCUGGUAGAAAAAAUAACUUCUCACAAAAAUUGCAAAGUGUAAUUUGUUAUAAUUUUUCAAACAAAUGUCUCUCUAUUGCGUUUGCUAAGUCUCUUUUUACCAUGUAUUGUGAACGUGAGAUACUGAGGAAAACAAAGAAAAAAUAAAAUAAGCAAAUAUUAAUGUGGUGAGGGCGCCACUAGUGGGCACACCUUAAACGUAAGUCAAAGAUGUCUUUUUUAAGAUGGCUAAAUAAUCCUAAUAUAUAUGUGGAAAACAACAACUCGAGACUAUUCGUUACAAUGGCAAAUUAUAUAAAUCGAUUGUUUAAAAAGGACGUCGACGGUUAGUCAAAAAAAGAUGGUCGAUGUAUAGAGGUGGCAAAAGACUAAAAGAAUGAUUGAAGUUUCUUUGGCUUUGUGACGACCCUUGCAAUAACGCAUAUGUCGACUAUACAGAGUACAAAAUUUUUUGAAAAACAAUAAUAGUUGUAGAUCUUGCCAUAACAAAUGUUAUCUUUCAUCACCAGUCUCUCUGUCUUUUCCUUACAUCUUCUUCUCCUCCUUAUGGGUUUGUUCUUAAGCCCUGUGAUCUCUGAUCCUAGAGGAGAAACGGUGGCUCAGAUGUGCAACAACAGAACAAUGACCCCGCAGCAAAGAAGUCUAGUCGUCACCAACUUCCUUAACGCCAUGGAUGCCGUCUCUCCACUAAUUGAAGCUAGAGGUUACGGCCAAGUAGUCAACGGCACAGGGAACUUAACAGUCUAUGCUUACGGAGAGUGUAUGAAAGAUCUUGACAAGAAAGAUUGCGACUUGUGUUUUGCUCAGAUAAAAGCUAAAGUCCCUCGUUGCUUGCCCUUUCAACAAAUUACUCGUGGUGGUCGUGUCUUCUCCGAUGGAUGCUAUGUCAGGUACGACGAGUACAACUUCUUCAACGAGACUUUAAGCUCGCUAGACCAGACUAAUUGUUCUGAAAAGGAGAUAACCGGAGUAAACCGGACGUUAUUUCGGGAUAACGCGGCGGAGUUGGUGAAGUUUAUGAGCGUGGAGGCGGUGAGGAACGGUGGUUUCUAUGCUGGAUUUGUGGAUAAACGUAACGUGGCGGUUCACGGUUUGGCUCAGUGUUGGGAGCCUCUUACUCGUAGUGGUUGUGUUGAGUGUUUGGGUAAAGCUUCAGAGCAAAUCGGCUCUUGUUUGGGUAAAGAAGAAGGUAGAGCUCUUAACGCUGGCUGUUACAUGAGGUUUUCUACUCACAAGUUUUACAAUAACUCUGGAAAUUCAACAGCAGAUGGAAAUGGUGGUCAUAACCAUUUGGUUGUGAUUUUGGCGGUGACAUGUUCGGUGGUGGCUUUUGUUCUGUUGGUCUCAGCUGUUGGUUUCUUGUAUAGAAAGAAACGCGCCAAGAAGCAAAGAGAGAAUAAGCAGCUAGGGCCACUGUUUAUGCUUGCCAACAAAUCUAAUAUAUGUUUCUCCUACGAGAAUCUCGAGAAGGCCACUGAUUACUUCAGCGACAAAAAUAAGCUAGGACAAGGAGGAUCUGGUUCUGUAUUUAAGGGAGUUCUUCGUAACGGUAAGACUAUUGCGGUGAAGAGACUGUUCUUCAACACAAAGCAAUGGGUUGAUCAUUUCUUUAACGAAGUCAAUUUAAUAAGCCAAAUCAACCACAAGAACCUUGUCAAGCUCUUGGGAUGUAGCAUAACCGGACCCGAGAGCCUUCUGGUUUAUGAAUACAUCGCGAAUAAAAGCCUACAUGACUAUCUUUUCGUAAGACAAGAUGUUCCACCGUUGGAUUGGGCGAAGAGGUUCAAAAUUUUACUUGGCACAGCAGAAGGAAUGGCUUACCUUCACGAAGAGUCGAAUCUGAGGAUCAUACACAGAGACAUCAAGCUGAGUAAUAUACUUUUGGAACAUGAUUUUACUCCAAGGAUCGCUGAUUUUGGACUGGCUAGAUUGUUCCCUGGGGACAAGACUCACAUCAGCACCGCCAUUGCCGGUACACGAGGCUACAUGGCGCCAGAAUAUGCUGUACGAGGAAAACUCACUGAGAAAGCAGACGUUUACAGUUUUGGAGUUGUUAUGAUUGAAGUUAUAACCGGAAGACGUAACAAUGCCUUCUCACAAGACGCUACUUCGAUCCUACAAACGGUAUGGAGUCUGUACGGGACAAGCAACCUGGUUCAGGUUGUGGAUCAAGUUUUGGGGGAUAACUUCAACAAGAUGGAAGCGUCACGGUUGCUUGAGAUCGGGUUGCUUUGCGUUCAAGCAGCGUUUGAACAACGGCCUGCGAUGUCUGCGGUUGUGAAAAUGAUGAAAGGGAGUUUAGAGAUUCCUAAGCCUACGCAACCGCCGUUUUUGAAUCCUGGGAGUGUAUUAGAGAUGAGAAAGAUGUUGUCUCCGCCGAUGGAUUCUCCUAUGGAUGAUCAAUCUCAGUCUUCGGGUUGGAGGAGUGACAACAUAUCUGAGAGUUUUUUUGAACCUAGAUGAGCUUUAAGAUCGGUUUAAUAUCAGAAUCUUUUUGUCGUGGAUGGAUUCUCAAUCUGUCAUAUGUAAAAAGACCUGAGAUGCCGAUAAAUCGUAACUAAUUGAGUUAACGUAUGAUCCACGCCACUGUUAUGUAACCUAGGAAGUGAACACGGUUAGAGCUCACUUGGUUGGUGGAGGGCAAACUCUGGUUUAGUCUUGGUUUAGGUUUGUUUAUAAAUCUAUAGUACGAUUCGAUUAAUAUUACAACCGUUUUUAUGUGAUUUUGCUUUUGUUCUCAAGUUUGUAUGUUUUUCUAUUUCAAAUAAAUCACUAGUUUUGUUUGCGUU